UAUGAAAUGUUUUAAGUGAUUUGUUUUGAUUAUUUGAUCUACAUUUGUUUUCUCAACUUACAGGUAAAAAAUAAAUGGCAUACUGCAUUUCAGCACAGAACUUUGUUGCCCUUUCAGAUCUGCAUCCAAAUCUGGCUCGUCCCAGCAUAAUCGGUGUGAUUAUUGGGAAAACAGAUGCCAAAGGCUUUCCAGACAGAAGAAAUAUUGGCUCUGAAAGGUUCACCUUCAGUUUUACCAUUCGAGAUUCACCAACUUACUUUAUAAAUGUACAUUCUUGGGGAAGAGAGGAAUAUAUUAGAUCACUUUCAGAAAGCUUUAGAGUUGGUGAUUGUGUUACCAUUGAAAAUCCUUUAGUACAAACAAAGGAGACAGAAAAGGAAGAAAAAUUCAACCCACCAACUCCUAGCUGCUACAAAUUACUGCUCAGUGAGAAUCAUUCAGUGGUCAAAAUUUGUUCUCCUUAUGAAGUGGGCACCCAGCUACUUUCCUUGUUACAUCUACCUGUGAAAGAUCCUCAAGAUUUUUAUUCGCUGGGCGACAUUGUUGCAAAUGGACAAAGCCUUGAUGGAAGAAUCAUUAAUGUGCUUGCAGCAGUAAAGUUCGUUGGGGAGCCCAAGUACUUCAUCACUUCAGACAAAAGAAAAGGUCAGAGGUGUGAAGUCAAACUGUAUGAUGAAACAGAGCUGUCCUUUCCAAUGAUAUGUUGGGAUAAUGAAUCCAUCCAGCUUGCACAGUCUUGGAUGCCACGAGACACAGUCAUAUUUGCAUCAGAUGUGAGAAUAAACUUUGACAAAUUUAGGAACUGCAUGACAGCGACUGUAAUCUCCAAAACAAUUAUUACAACUAAUCCAGACACGCCAGAAGCAAAUAACUUGUUCAGCUUUGUGAAGGAGACUGCAGAAUUGGGGCUGUUGGAUGCUGAAAUAGAGGAUCAAUCAAAAGAAUCUAUUAAUUUGCAGUCUAUAGUUGACAUUUAUACUGUGGAACAAGUGAAGAUAAAAGCUGUGCAGAAUCAGGAAAAACCUGAACCCAUCUACGGCAUUAUUUAUGCUUACCUUUCUACCUUGAAUAUUGAUAACAAUGCAUCUAAAAUUAUACGAAACAGAUGCUCAAGGUGCCGCUACUUGGUGAAUGAAAUGUCAAACAUAUGUACUUUUUGCAGUGACGGUCCCUCGGACACUAACUCUGUCUUUACUAGUUUUGAUGUACUGGUUGAUCUUACAGAUCACACAGGCACUCUUUAUUCCUGCAACCUCUCGGACAGUAUAGCUGAAGAAACAUUAAGUUGCACGGUCCAAGAGUUUCUCACCCUUACGGAGGGGCAGAAGACAGCAUUAAAGUGGCACCUUCUUUUGGAACGGAGCAAAAUUUAUUUUAAGGGUUUCUUAUCACCCAGUUCAAGAACUGGAUUGAGGGUGAAUUUACUUUCAUGCAAACUGGCAGAUCCUGUAGAAGCCAGUCAGAACUUAUCUGGCAAAGGAAAAAAAAUACACUGUAUGUCUUUUUAACAGCUGGAAAGAUUUAAAAACUGUGACUGUUGCUCUCCAUUAUUGUAUAAAGAAUGUUUGGUCAGUAAUUAUAUUCUUUUAUUUGUAAAAGGGAAAUAAGUUUACUAUGGAUCUUUACAACUGGACUUCUAUCUUUCUGAUCCUUCUGUUUUAUAUUAUUAUACUUAUAAAGCUUAUUUAAGACUCAGUUUAGCAAAAAAUCUGUCUGGCAUAUUGGAGGAAAGUAAUUUUUCAUCCAAUUUGUAGUACAUUUUAAAAAUGCACAGUAGAAUAAAAAAAGUUAUUUAA